UGUAGACUUCUUUAUUACAUCAUCUGAAGAGAUAAAGACUGAUGACGUGAUAAGCAAAGCAAUUUACAAAAACAUGAAAAGCCUCAAUUUCAGUGUUGAUGUAUUUUCAGUCGCUAAAACUGGUAAAAGAAAAUGCUGUUUCUUCAGAACAAAUAUGCAAAAUGAUGUCAGAUAUUUAAGAGACAAAAGAGCUGCAAUGUAGAGCUGCAACAUCCACAUUUGUCCGUAUGUUCCAGAUAAGAUAGACAUGCGGAAAAGAGACGCUGUGUUUCCUGAACAAAAUAUGACACUCUCCUGCCCUAACAUCAGCUACCAUGGAAUUAUAGACUGGAGAUUUCAAGGAAAAAAAAUACUGCCAAGCGAUCUAUAUAUUUUCUCACCAGAUACGUUUAACCUAACAGUAAAGAGUGUUGACAUCACUAAUAAUGGUCGUUAUGAAUGUUUGUACAAUACAAGCACAGGACCACAAAUUUUCUGGGACAGAAUUGACUAUAUUAAGCCAUAUCCUAGUAUGCAAGUGCCUAGUAACAAGACAUACAAAUGUGAAAAAGGGGACGUGACACUCGACUGCUGUGUGCAUUCUGAUUACUCAGUCAAGUGGGUGCAGAGCCCAAAAAACAACAAAAUUGAUUCACUGACAUGUAUAACACAACAGUUUCAAAUCACAGCCGAAAGUUGUGCUAAAACUAUCAUAUACACCUGCAAACUGGACAAUGAAGAACUAUAUGGGUUUUCAUAUAGCUCAAAGGAUGUGAAACUGGUUGUUUCCAAACAGCAAUCCGAAAACAGCCCUGUCACAUGCUACAAUGACAUAUAUGGUUUUGGAGAAGUUGGUGCCAAGGUUAUAGGAGACUGUGGGAAAGACCAAGUUGGCUUCAGAGAAGGAGAAUGUCGUUCUGAUGGCUCUUGGGUAACUAUAAAGGACACCUGUGUGCUUCGUAUCAUUGAUCAACUGCAACAGGAAUCACAGGGUCUAGAUGCUGAAACAUUAACAAAUUUUGUGGAUAAAGUGAACAAUGCCACCAAAGGCAAUAAAGGAGCAAUAGUUCAAUCCGAAGCAACAGUUUCAGCAAUGGUGGAAAUACUUAACAAUAUUGCAGAUGUCACUCAAACUGUUAUGCUGAAUGAAGUUGUGAUAACGAAUUUCCUUAGUAUAGUGGAUGCCAUUUCAUCAGAUACAGCGAAACCUGUAUGGGAACAGCUAAAUUCAAAUGGUGAAAGCCAAGGCAACAGCUCUCAACUCCUGAGUGCCAUUGAAAGUGUUUUAAAAGCGACAUCUGACACCAAUUUCAACAUAACCAGUCCAACCAACUCAUUCCUGUUCAAAAAAGUUACAACAUCCAAAGACUUCAGUGAAGUGUUAAAGCUCAACUCAACAGCUGAAAUAAACAUCCCAGAUAUUGCAUCCAGUAACAACAGCGUUACAGUCACAGUUGUGGCCUUCUCCUCCCUGGGCAAUGUUAUGCCUGCAAGAAAUCGUACCGAUGGCUUAAACACAACUGAAAAUGUCAUCAACGGACUGAUUGUUGUUGUAAAAACAAGCAUAUCUAUCAAAAACAUACAGCUGAACUUUGAAAAACUCCGAAAUUCAGUAACUCUAAAUAAUAAGUCAAUAAACCUAUGGAACCCCCAGUGUGUUUUCUGGGAAUUCAACCUUUAUAAUAAAACUGGAGGAUGGGACUCAACAGGAUGUGAGGUCAUACAAGACAAAGGCAGUGUCACUUGUCACUGUAAUCACACCACUUCAUUUUCAAUACUGAUGUCCCCUUUUGCUCCUCGAGAUCUAGCUUUGUCUGUCAUUACAUACGUUGGUGUUGCUAUUUCGAUAGGCAGCUUGGUUGUGUGCCUGAUCAUCGAAAUUAUCAUCUGGAAGGAAGUCUCUAGAAACUCUACAUCACAUGUUCGCCAUGUAUCCUUAGUCAAUAUUGCUCUUUCUCUCCUGAUCGCUGACAUAUGCUUCAUUAUCGGUGCUGCUAUCGUAAAGCCCGGGACGGACUAUACUAACUCGUGUAGCACUGCAGUGUUUUUCACCCACUUCUUCUACCUGUCGCUGUUCUUCUGGAUGCUGGUCUCAGCUGUUCUGCUCCUCUACCGUACCACUAUGGUCUUCUCUCAAAUGUCCAAAUCGGUCAUGAUGGCAUUAGCCUUCAUCGUGGGCUAUGGUGCACCUCUCCUCAUCUCGGUUAUUACCGUCGCAUCCACGGCUGGAAAUAAACACUACAUCACACAGAAUGAAGCAUGCUGGCUGAAUUGGGACCAGUCUAAGGCCCUUCUGGCGUUUGUCCUACCAGCUCUGGUCAUUGUGGCUGUCAAUAUGAUUACUGUGAUAAUAGUUGUGGUGAAAAUGAUCAGGAGGGGAAUGGGAGAGAGCAACAGAGAUGAAAAAAACACCUUGGUGGUCAUUCUCAGAUGUGUGGCCAUUUUGACACCCAUCUUCGGCAUCACUUGGGGUCUUGGCUUGGGCAUCAUGAUAGAGCCUAAAGCUUUGGCCAUCCACUACUUGUUCGCAAUCUUCAACUCUUUGCAGGGCUUCUUUAUACUGGUUCUUGGAACACUGAUGGAAAAGAAGGUUCGGGAGACACUUAAAAGAAAAUUGAGAAUCACUAGACUCAUUGGAUCCCAUUCCACACAUACUUCAAGCUCUGGAGCCCGUUCCUACGGCAGAAGCAGUUCUUCAAACAGAACAACUUUUACAAAUGUUUUCAACACCCUCAUGAGAAGAGGGAGGCAUGCUGGGGCAAAUUCCUCACACAACUCUGGAGCAUCAGAAAGUUUUUUAAACGCUUAGCUGGACAGACAGGCGCCUUCAUUUCCUGUCAGAAUGUCUUUGUAAUACUGGUUUCAUUGCCACAGGCACAACUUCAAACUGAAACAUUUUGAUUUCUGUCUAGUACAAUGCUUUUCCAAAUGCUUUCUUUCACAGUUGAUUACAUCUUGAAUAUUCAGUUUGUUGGUGAUUCAGAUUGGGCUAUUUAGAUUAAAACAUAUGUUUGUUCCAAAUUAUAUACAGACUGUUUUAUGAAAACAUAAAUUAAAUUCUACCUUUGUCCUUCCAUAAAUCAUUAAAUCCAUAAAUCAAAAACAAUAGUUUAUAAUUGUUAUUAUUAGCGGUGCUUGCUAAGUAUAUGCAUUUUUUUGAAUACAGAAAAACAAUUAUUCUACAUACUGAAUAUCUUUAUUAAAAUAAUCAGAUGUGCUUUUCAUUUUUCAAGCAACUAACAUGAAGAAACCCUGCACUAAUGUUGACAGUUAUUGAGUUUAAUAUUGCUUGAGCUGAGAACAUAGUUCAUACUGAGUUCAUAGCUUUGCAUUAAUACAACAACUGUGACAGUAAUUUCAAAUAAAACAAUUUUUUUGCUU